AUGCGGACGCGCGGGAUGACGCUCCUCCCGCUGCUCCUCGCGGCGCUCUUCCCCGCGCCCGCCCUCGCCGCCGGGAUCGACACGGUCAUGACGACCGCCCCCGCGGAGGGCUCCGUGCACCGCCCCGGGUCGAUACUCCUGUUCGUCCUCGAGCCGGCGUGCGAGACCGAAGGAUGCGUCCUGCCGUCCGACGCGGGCGUGGACGUGCGCGUGGACGACGGCACCGGCGCCGGGUUCGGCGCGUGGCAGGCGGCGACGACGUACUACGUCUCCGGCGUCGCGAAGCUCAGGCACUUCGUGUACGCGGAGACAUUAGGCACGUGGACGGUGGAAGCGAGGGCGUCGAGCGCGAGCGCGGGGACGACGGACGACACGCCGUCGCGUCGCGCGUUUCACGUCGGCACGCUCGUCUCGGCGUCCGCGACGCUGGACCGUCUGAACGGCGUCGUCUCGGUCGCGUUCGCGGGGCCGCCCGGUACCGCCGCGGUGAACGUCACCGCGGCGGCGAUGAACCUGACCGUGGACGCGCUGUUCGCGCCCGCGUCGUUGACGGCGAUGACCGGGUCGUCCGCCGGCGUCGGCGCGUCGGCGCGAUGGACCGACGCCUCCGCGCUCGCCGUCUCGUUGCCGCCGGCGACGCGUUCCUCGGGCGCGUGCUCGAGCUGGAGAGCCGCGCGCGAGGAGGCGACGUCCGCGGGCGCCGUGAUCCCGAGCGGCCUCACGCUUCGCCUGCGCGACGACGCGACCUUGUUCGACGCCGCCGCGGGGUACCACUACGACGGAACGGUGGCGCUCGAGAUGGGCGCGACGUCGGGGAAUCCGACGCUCGCGCUGACCGCGCCCGCGGACGUCGGCGGGUGCCAGGACAUGCGCGUUCGCGCGACGACGACCGCGCUGUCGUGGGACGAGGUCGUGUCGUGGGACGCGCCGACGUUCUCCGCCGCGGAGGGGGUCGAGGGCGUCGUCGUCGGGGACCACGCCGACCUCGUCGCGUUCGCGAGUAACGCGUCGAAUCACGCGCUCCGCGAGCUGCGCCUCCCGACAUCGCUCACGCGGCCGGACGUUCGGUACGCGUUCGGCGCGUCCGCGAUGAACUGCCACGGCGGCGUCGCGAGCGCGACCGCGGGCGUGAACCGAUGGACGGGGAUGGUCCCCGGGGUGAGGACGUCGAGCGGGUCGCACGCGUACGCGACGACGGCGGCGGCGGCGACGACGAUCGACGUGGACGCGUCUUUACCCGCCGUCGUCGACCCCGCCCCCGGCUCCGAGUGCGAUCAAGACCCGACCGGGCUGACGUACCGGUGGCAGAACUUGACGUCGCGCGCGGACUGUCUGUACGCCCCCGGGGUGAACCAGUACGGGUGGCCGAACCUGCACGUGCGCGCGUCGUCGCGGUCGCUCGCGCUUCCCGCGUUUUGUCUCGCCGCCUCCGCGACGCCGCAUCGGCUUCGGCUUCGCGCGUUCUUCGGGGAGAACCCCGGGACGAGGAGCGCGGGAACGCUGGACGUGAAUGUGACGGUGUCCCCGACGCCGCUGCGCGCGAUCAUCCUCGGCGGCGGCGGCGGCGUGAGGGUUCUCCCGCGCGACCACGUCUUCGAGCUCGACGCGCGGCCGUCGUUUGAUCCGGACGCCGCCGCGCCAAACGCGGCGGCGGAUAACUCCACGUACGCGUGGUCGUGCGUCCUCCUGACUCGGGUGUCUUCGUCCGAGGUGCGAGAGGACCCGUGCGGGAGCGCGUUCGACGCGAAGAUGGCGUCCACGGAGCCGUACCUCGCGGACAUCGGUCCGCUGCUCGCGACGAAUUUGGGAGGGCGAUUUCGGUUCACGGUGACGUACGGAAACAGGGGGAAAACCGCCAACGCGACGUCGGACGUGAGCAUGGUCACGGACCCGGUGCCGACGGUGACGCUCGCGACGCCGAACCCGGCGACCGUGCCGUCGACGACGCCGCUGCGAUUAGUCGGCAACGUGACCGGGCACGUCGACUUCGUGGGCACGGCGGAAGAGGGGGACAUCGCGUACCGGUGGAUCUCCGAGCCGCCGAUCGAUUUCGCCGACGCGCGAAACUUUCUCACGCCGACGAACGGGCCGUCGUUGGUCAUCGCCGGCGGGGUGUUACAACCGAAGACGUCGUACGCGUUCACGCUCCUCGCGAAGCAGCGCGGCGUGAACUUAGAAGGGCAGGCGACCACCGGAGCGAUCGUCGUCGUGGGCCCGCCGAGCGGGGGAAGGCUCGUGGCGUCCCCCGCGUCGGGCGCGGCGUUGACGACGACGUUCACCGUCUCCACCGCCGCGUGGGUCUCCCCGAACCCGGGGGCGCUGCGAUACACGAUCGGCUACGUCGCGCGCGGCUUUGGUCGGAGCACGACGGACAUCGUCCUGUCCACGGGCGCGGCGACGACCGUCGCGACGACGCUGCCCGCGAACGCGACGCGGGACGGCGUCGCGUCGGACGCGAGGGUCUUCGUCGUCGCCGACGACCGCGGCGCGACGACGCGGUUGGAGGCGACCGUGCGCGUGAGCGCCGUCUCCGGCCAGGCGGCGAGCGCGGCGGCGGCGACCGCGCUGACCGCCGCGCUCGCGCUCGGGGACGUCGUCAUGCGCGCGACCGCGGCGGUGACCGCGGCGGCGUCGUUGAACUCCGCGGGCGUCGCCGCCGCGAGCGACGCCGCGGAGCUGUCGCGGCGGCGAUCGAUUCGCGCCGGCGCGAUGGGCGCGGUCGCGGACGCCGCGGACGUCGCCGUCGCCGCGAUCGCGGGGACGAUCGAGCCGGAGGUGCUCACGAGCUACGUCACGUCGAUCGCCGCGGUGAGCGCGGUCGCGGGGGAGAUGGACAAGGCGACCGCGCGGCGAGGGGUGAACGCCACGCGCGCGUUGGUCUCGGCGCCCGCGAGCGGUCCCGCGGAUCUCGCGACGUUGGACGCGGCGACGUCCACGUGCGGCGCCGCGCUCGAGGUCGUCUCUAUCGAGAUCGCGCGCAACGCGAGCAACGUCACGAGCUCGAGCUCGAACGCGUCGUCUGUCGGGAUGGCGGAGGCGCGACGGAGGAAGCUGUUGGAGGACCCGAUGUCGUGCUCGCCGCGGCGUCGGAAACUUUUGGAAUCCGCGUCGGGCGCGUCCGCCGCCGCCGCCGCCGCCGCCGACGCCGACGCCGACGACGACGACGCGCCGGUGUACGACCCCGUCGUCGCUCUGGCGCUGUCCACCGCGGUCGCGAUCACGCGAGCGGCGGUCCGCGGUCAAGCCGCGAACGAGACCGCGUCGGAGAUGUCGCAGGCGUUCAUAGGCGUCCGCGCGGAGCGGAUAUUCCCGAAAGACUUGAGGCCGGGACUUCGCGCGUUUUCGGCGCCCGGGAGAAACGCCGCGGAGUACUUCAUCCCCGCGCGGCUCGCGUCGUUCGUCUACCGCGACGCGCACGUGGACGUCUUCACGUACCGGAUAUCCGGGUCGACGUUGCCCUCCGCGACGCGGAUGAUGUCCGACGGCAGCGCGCUGGAGCUGCUAAACGACGACGGGGUCUACCCCGCGCUCCCUCCCGGGUACGACGAGGUGAUGACCGUCCACGUUCCGAUGUCGGGGAUACCGAUGAAACCCCUGGAGCGCGUCCUGUACGAGUACAGGUGCGCGCGGCACGAGGCCGGGAAGUGGGUCGUGGACGACCCUCAGCGGCGGUGGUGGACCGAGUCCGUCGAGGAGGAGCGACCCGGGCAAGGGCACGUCGUGUGCAAGGGGAAGGGGGGCGUGUUUCUCGGGUACGUCGUCGGCUUGGUCAUCGCGCCCAUCGACUUUACCGUAGACGAGUCGCUUCGGGAGAGCGCGACGACGAUCAACAUCUACUGGUACGUCAUCGGCGGCGUCGCGGCGUUCGCGAUGAUGUACGCGAUGAUCGGGCUGUGUUGCGGGAUGCGAAGGAGCCACGUCAAGGUCACGGGCGACGACUACCUGGACAAGAGUUGA